CACUAUUAAAAGAAAAGAAAACAGUCAUUUGCUUUAACCAUUACCCAAAGCAAAGAAAUAGAGUAUUUUGGCCCCCUUAUCAGACUUCCCGUACGAAGCCCAAUUCAUCUUCGUCGCGUUGCCAUUUCUGAACAGUAUCGGCUGACAGAGAGAGAGAGAGACAUACGGUUUCCGUUUUCAACUCGACGCCUGCCUGAGAAGCCAAAUGGACGAAGCGAUCGCCGAGAAGAGAGAAACUGAGAACAGAAACGAAAUCGCUCAGACGCCGGCCUCCCUGACGGAGAGAGAUGCCGAAGAUCGGGAUCGCAUCGCCCAAGAUCUCAAAGCCGGCCUUCAUCCCCUCAAGAACAAAUUUGUUUUUUGGUAUACUCGCCGGACUCCAGGAGUUCGGACGCAAGCAUCAUAUGAAGAUAACAUAAAGAAAAUAAUGGAUUUCAGUACAGUUGAAGCGUUUUGGGUCUGCUACUGCCAUUUGGCUCGUCCAUCAACUUUGCCAAGUCCAACUGAUUUGCAUCUUUUCAAAGAAGGGAUUCGUCCUCUCUGGGAGGAUGCUGCCAAUUUCAAUGGCGGUAAAUGGAUCAUUCGAUUUAAAAAGCCUGUAUCUGGACGCUUUUGGGAGGACUUGGUUCUGGCGUUGGUUGGUGAUCAACUUGAUUAUGGUGAGAACAUAUGUGGUGUAGUACUUAGCAUUCGCUUCAAUGAAGACAUUUUGAGUGUGUGGAACCGCAAUGCAUCGGACCAUCAGGCUGUAAUGGCACUGAGAGACUCAAUCAAACGACACUUGCAGCUCCCUGGUGGAUAUGUCAUGGAAUACAAACCACACGAUGCUUCUUUGCGUGACAACUCGUCGUAUCGGAACACUUGGCUGAGAGGCUAAAACCCACCUGUCGCUUGCUUCCAGAUAUAAGGUGAUGGUUUUUACUAGGGGGGUUAUCAUGAUGACCAUAAGCAAACCGUGUUGUCGAACAAUGACACAAUCCGUGUAAUGAAAUCCACUGUCCAAAUACCAUUAAGUUUCUAAUGUUGGGACCAAUCUUUUGGUGGCUACUGGCUAUGAUAUAUUCUAGUAAGUUUCAAACUUUCGAUCUUUGUAUGCUUCAUGUUUUCUUGAAACAUUUCAUCCAUGGAAAGCUUUAGUUCCCCGAAAACAGAAAACAGACCAAACAUAUCCCACUCAAGAGUGUUAAGUUGGAGGAAAGAAAUAUUUGUCCCACCA